AUGAGGUCACUAUUAGCUCGUAUUAUCGAUCGUUUCAUCCCACGACAGUCGCCGUUACUGAUCACCAACAUCGCGGAAGAGAUGAUGUUAAGAAACGACGAGUGUUGGCAGCUUACGCCGCUGCCACCCCCGAGUUUACUUCUCCGCUGCGCCAACGUGUUGAUCGACAACGUAUUGAUCGAGAACGAAUCGCAAACCGAAGAAAACAAAGCCAUACGAUUUACCACAGCCACAUGUUUUCGCUUCAGUAAGUGAAAAAGCUUAUGCGAACAGAAGAAAUAUCAGGUCAUUUUCAGAUCGGACAAAAUUCUUGGAUUAUGGACUCUUCGUUGAUCGCAUCGAUUUCCUUUAUGAUGUUCUCGAGAAAAUGCUGUCCAACGAAGUGCACUGGUUUUUUGCGGUUAUAAGUCGGAAGAACAAAAUAUUCAUUAGCAUCAACAAUAAUAGUCUAAUCGCUUUGCACCCAAACGGAGAAGAAUGGGCGACGGACUGGCAGCACAAGUUCAUAAGAUUGGCGUUUCUCAGGAAUAUCAGCGAAAUUCGAAUCGCAUAUACUAGGAGUAAGACUAUUCUCCAUUGGAAAAUGCACCUUUUUCACUUUUUCAGGUGCCGAUUUCCGAUUUCUGAAACGACGAGUGAACGAUCUGAUCGACACAUUAACAAGAGUGCGGACUCCGCGCGGAUGGGUCUCGCAGAAUGGACAGAAAUCGUAUCGAUUGUAUGAUAACUCGCGACCACCGAUCAUCGCUUCGAAGAUCUUCGAAAGUGUACCGAGACCGGAACGUCGACGAGACUUAUGGGGAUACGUCGUUUAA